AGUUUAGAUCACCAUCGGACUUCGAACUAAACCUUCUCAGAGGCCGAAACUUGUCACUUAAUUUUCUCAAUUGCCAAGUCUUUGGGCCAAUUCCUGUCUGCAGCCCUACACACUAGACGUAUACAAUAGAGCCACGAAGACAUCCGAGAAAUCAAAGAAAUAUCGGCUCACUCUGUGCAGAGAACGUCGCAAUGCCUCUGCCAUAUGACCUAUGCGCUCGCGUCCAGAACGCCUUUCGAGCACGACACCACAAAAUAGCAGUGGACCACACAACACAAAACCUUGGCAUCCUCAGCAUACUCCUGCGGACCGGCUUCAUCUCCAACGUCACGCGCGGAACCAUUGAGUCACCCUCUCCCACUGACUUCCUCCGCGUUGGCGAAGCCCAGCGCCGUAUAUGGGCCGAGCUUAAAUACCGCGACGACCGGCCUGUCCUUUCGGACAUGGAGCUCAUCAGUAGACCUAGUAGACGCAUUUUCAUGGACAUUGGGGAGCUGCGGCGGAUUUGCUCCGGACGCCGUGCACAAACGAUUAAACCUUUGGGCAUGGGCGAAAUUGCGGUGGUGCGGACAAAAAGCAAGGAGCAUGAAUGGUUGGAGGCACGAGAGGCUUUGCAAUUAAAUUUGGAUGGGGAGGUGAUCUGUCGAGCUCGUUGACCCCGUCGAGGGUCAUUUGUUGCUGUCC